AGACAGAGAGAGGAAGAGGAAAGAAAAUGGAGAGAGGAAGAGCAGAGAAAACAACAGGAGAAGAAACUAAGGCAAGAGGAGAUUGAGAGAGUGAGAAAAGAGACAGAAGAUAGAAUCAGAGCAGAGUUUGAAGAGGAGAUUGAGAGAGUGAUAAUGGAGACAGAGAGGAGAAUCAGAGAAGAGUUUGAAGGUCCACCAAGAUUUUUACUAGAAAGAUUUAAAUUAAUGAGACUGAGAGAGGAAGCGGAGAAAACACACCGAGAGGAGAUUGAGAGAGUGAGAAAGGAGACCGAGGAGAGAGUCAGAGCAGAGUUUGAAGGUCCACCAAUAUUUUUACUAGAAAGAUUUAUAUCAAUGACACUAAGCGAGGAAGAGGAGAAAACACAACGAGAGGAGAAACAAAAACAAGAGGAGAUUGAGAGAGUGAGAAAGGAGACAGAGGAGAAGAUCAGAGCAGAGUUUGAAGGUCCACCAAGAUUUCUACAAGAAAGACUUACAACAUUAAGACUGAGCAUGGAAGACAGGAUACAAAAACAUCUGGAACGACAGGAGAAACAACAGGAGAGGCUUGAGAGAUAUUCAUCAAUGAGAGAUAUUGGCAUGUAUGAAUGGUUAAUGGAAAUGAGAGAGAUGGAAAUGAGAGAGAUGGAAAUGAGAGAGAUGGAAAUCAGAAAGAUGGAAAUGAGAGAGACGGAAAUGAGUGAGAUGAAAAUGAGAACGAUGGAAAUGAGAGAAAUGGAAAUGAGAGAGAUGGAAAUCAGAAAGAUGGAAAUGAGAGAGAUGGAAAUGAGUGAGAUGAAAAUGAGAACGAUGGAAAUGAGAGAAAUGGAAAUGAGAGAGAUGGAAAUGAGAACGAUGGAAAUGAGAGAGAUGGGAAUGAGACAUAUGGAAAUGAUAUGUAUGAGAAUGCGGAGAGAACUACAAGAGGAGAUUGAUAGAGUUAUAAAGGAAAUGGAGGAGAACGUCAGAGCAGACUUUAAAUGUCCACCAAGAUGA